AUGACGCACCCCACCCAAAUCGCCCGUGUCCACUACAAAGGCAGGGUCUUAUCCAUCUUCGAUGCCGCUGAUCAGACACCGCUAUACACCGUCAAUUUCCCUUCAAAAGGGUUCAAAAUGUCUUUAACUCACGCACAUGAUCCAGCCUCUCCUGAGACCCCUUUCGCCGUUGCUUCAUUUUCUGUCAGCACUAGAGUCGAGCUGAUCAUCAACAACCGCCUCGUCCCACUAUGCCACGAGAAGAUAUUUAACAGGACCUACUACUUUAAGGGUGUGCAAGGGGAGACGCUAUCGUGGAAAGCGGAGGACCUGCUCGGCGGCAAUUUUAAGUUGGUGAGAGUGGAUGGUAGUGUUGUGGCUAAAUUCAAGAAUAAAUUAUUUUCGGCGAGGGAACUGGGCGAUUUUGAGUUUUGGGGCGUUACCGAUGAGGAGAGGGAUAAUAUUGUGACGAGUGGGCUGGCUAUGUUGGCGAUGGUGCAGAGUGGCUGGCUUGGGACCAUGAUAUUGACGGGCCAUGAUAUUGACGGGCCAUGA